CCUGUAAGUUUCAUCUGUCCAUCUGUAGGAGGCGGUGUGGGGUGAAGGGAUGUGGCUAGCUAGCACCACAGAAGAAGAGCAGAAGAAAAACAAUAAAUGCGUGCUAAACAUCGCUGGAUUUUUGCAGAUCAUGGAGUUCCCUCAGCAUUCGCAGCAAUUGCUGUCAGCGCUGCGUUCCCAGCGCCAGCGGGGCUUCCUUUGUGACUGCAUUGUAUUGGUGGGCUCAUCUCGAUUCCUGGCUCACCGAGCUGUUUUGGCCUCCUGCUCUCCCUUCUUCCACAUGUUCUACUCUGACUCUCCAGGGGGAAACAGCAACAGCAGCUCUGUGACACUUGACAAUGACAUUGUCACAUCGGCUGCAUUUGGCUUGCUCUUGGACUUUGUGUACGAAGGUGUGCUCCAGCUGGAGGAGUCGCUUCCAGUGGAGGACAUUUUGGCAGCCGCGAGCUUUCUCCACAUGAACGAAGUGGUGAGGGUGUGUAAGAGGCGACUGCAGAGACAAGGGCCUCUGGCUGAGGCAGACAGCACACGCUCUGAGGAAAGUGGAGGAUUGAGGAAAGCAGCAGAAACGAGGACAGCGGGCGACCAUAGAACUGAGCCCUUGGAUAACAUGGGAGCAGACCACUCAGUCCCAAUCACCAUAGCAACGUCACUAUCAUCAGCAUCCCAAGUGGCAGAAAGAAGUCAGGUGGAGGGUGUGAAGUCUGAGCAGAGGACUAGUGGGGGUUCAUCGAAGGAACAAGUUCCAACCCCUCUGAGCCCUGAGCUGGCUGACACCACUCAGCCUGGCAUGGACCCAGGUGGGGAGCUGGUGCAGACUCUUAUAGUAAACCAGUCCAGCCUGACUUCAGGGGGUCACACCAGGAUUAGGAGGGGUCGUCAGGACAAAGCAUCUGCUCUGUGCAGUCCCUGUAGCACCACAGAGACAUGCAGCCAUAGCCGUAGCCAGCAACCCUCCUCCUCCUCCUCCUCCACUCUGGUCCCAGUGAGCCAGGCUGGCGGUCGCUCAGUAGCUGCUUUUAACCAGUCAGGAUCUCGUCCCCCCGUCAGCACACACCCAGAUGAGCUCCAGCCUCCCCGUGAUCACUCUCCUGAGAAUUCAUCUGAGUCUGACCUUAGACACACUGACCAUAGAGAACAUCAGAUGGUUGUAUCAGUCCAAGCACCAACUCUCACAGCAAACUUCCAAACAAACCCAGGAGACUCAGCAGUUCAGCAAACUCCCCAAAUCAGGAUUCAGAGCGCAAUAUCGCUCCAGCGCCAGAGUUUGGACUGCCAACAUGCUCCUCAGUCUCUUACACUUCAAAGGCCAGUGGACACUGAAGCUUCGCCUACUACUAGAAAGAAACGUUCUCACCCCAGACUUAGUACAAACCAAGAUAGAGGGGCUGUAAAAGUUAAAGAGGAGGCCAUUGUUAUUUCUGAUGAAGAGCUAGAAGAGGAGAACGAGGAAGGAAGGGAAGGAGAGUCAGUGAUGGACGUGGAAGAUGAGUUUGAGGAAGAUAUCCAGGAUGAAGAGAUGAGCAGCCCUCAGUUUCUCUCCUCUCAUUCACAGGCCCUCUUACAAAUCACCACCCAUUCAAAUGACUACUCCUUCCCCCUCUCUCCAUCUUCCUCUUCUUCUGGCGCUGGACCGUCCUCACAGGAAGCUUCCUCCUUUGCUGCGUCUCUCAUUCCUCCGUCCACAUCUCAGCAGCAGUCAGACCCUCCUGCUUACUUCCAAGAGCUCCAGGAUUCUAUGGGCAACUUUGUGGAAGAUGUCCCAACAUGCAGCGCCUGUGGAAAGACGUUCUCAUGUACAUACACUCUAAGGCGCCAUGCCAUUGUGCACACACGCGAACGUCCAUAUGAGUGUCGCUACUGCUACAGAAGCUACACACAGUCGGGUGACUUGUAUCGACACAUUCGUAAAGCCCACGACCAGAGUCUGCCAGCAAAACGCAGCAAGGCUCACUCUGAGCCCUCUUUACCACAACAACCGCCUCCGCCUCUUAGCUAACACACACUAUCAGAGCUCCUCUGACACUAGUUUACGUCUACCCUAAUGUUAAAUGCCACUUUUAUCAUUUACUAAAUAUUUUGUUUAUGUUUAUGUAUUUAGCAGACGCUUUUGUCCAAAGCGACUUACAAGUGAUAAUUGGCAUGUUGCCCUUGAGGCUAACAACAACAAUAACAACAACAACUUGACAUCAGUCAAGGAGAGGAGGGAACAAGGAGUGGACAGUAGAGAGGGGGGACGGGUGCAGGCAAGGUGCUAGUUUAGAAGAUGCUCUCUGAAGAGCAGGGUCUUCAGGAGUUUCUUGAAAAUUGAAAAGGAAGACCCUGUUCUUGUAGUGCUUGGAAGGUCAUUCCACGUUUGUGGAACGAUGCAUGAGAAGAGUCUGGAUUGUCCUGAGCGUGGUGUAGGCACUGCUAGCCGACGAUCCUGUGAUGACCGGAGCGGCCGGGCCGAGACGUAAGCCUUUGCAAGAGGAUUCAGGUAGAUGGGAGCCGUACCAUCUCGGACUUUUAAGAUAUUUUAUUAAAACUAUUUGUUAUCUCUCAUCUUCAGGUUAACUGUGUUUAAAAAUAGUCUAGUUAUCUAAAAACACUAAAUGUUACCAUUUCAAAAGAAAACUGCAACAACUUUGCAACUUUCCCUCCACCACCAAAGCACAAAUACACCGUAAGUCUUGCAGCAUAACCCCCAGCGUUGGAGCAGUUUUAUUCAGUUUAUCUUGUCUGAUGUCACCAUCAGCGUGUAACACAAGUGCGAUGCUGAUCUGGUACCUGCCAUGCUACAUUUAGUCAUAUUUAAGAGGCUUUUUACAGUCUAGGUUUGUCAUUUGAACCAUUUUUCUUGUGCAUUGUUCAAUUAAACAUUCUUACACCAGACAUCGUAAGAAUGGAUGAUUAUUAAGGAGCUGUAUUUUAAUGUCUUAAUAGAAUAAUGUCAAGUGUUUGCCAUGUUAAUGUAUAUAACGGAAAGCUAUAGUUAUAAUUCAAUAGGUUUUGAUACAUGACUGUCCUGUCUGUGUGACUGUACCAGCAAAUGUAGUGGUGAUGUCAUGUUUUACAGGGUUAAUCCAACCGAGCCCAGCAAGAGGCAAACGUGUUUAAAUUAUCUAGUUAAAAAAACGUUUUAUAACUUUAGUUUUUCUGUUUUUAAUGCGCUUUGUUCAAUAAUAGAUUCACUGUAAGCUGUAUUUAUCCAGUGUGCCAAAGUGUUUUCUUUCACCUCGUCUUUUAUUCUUUCAACGUGAGCCAGAGUGCUGGGGGAGUGGGGGUGUUGCAGCUGUAGGACGUAUGUAACAAACAUGUGGUACUUCUUAGAAAACAGGACAAUCUCUUAAAAUUAAGAUAAAUUUAGUAAUAAAAAAGCAGUUUAUACUUAACAAGUGUUGACAGUUUUCAUCCAGAUCUCUAAUUCUAUUUUUCCACUUCAGUUUGAAUUAAAAUGAAGGGAUCCGCUGUUAGUUCUGUUUUACCAAGUGUGACCCUUUUCUAGUGCACACACACGUGCACGUUUCUGCCUUAUUUAUAUAAUGUAAAGUUGGACUGUGCCUGAAGAACUUUUUGAAAUGUGUACAGUGAAGUGUGAGCAGAAUUUAGCAUACAAGCCAAUGACUUUGAAAGUGAUCAAAGGCGGUGAAUAUUUAGUGUUUUUUUGGUUGUGAACGUCCAAAAUCUAAUUGUUGUGAAUAAAAAUAAUCUUGUGAAGGUGGCACAAAUGUGGCUGUUUUCCAUUAAAUCACACAAUAUACCAGCCA